GCGACCGGCGGCACCAUGAACAUUCGGGCCCAAACCAGACGUUGCACCGCGCUGCGAGGCGGCGGGCGAGCUCCAGACUACAUCGUCUCACGCGUCUGCCGACGCGGGCCCAGCCCCGUCUUUGCGAUCCCCGACUCGCUCUACCUGCGCGGCAAG